UUCAAUUGUCGUGUUAGAUGGACUAAACUUUAAUGCGUAAUAAAUAUGUCAUUAACUAUGAGUCACGUACAACGACGGUGUGCUUCUAGAGAAGAUAUGCUGCGAAUGCAAAGAUUAAUAUUGGAAGGUCUCGAAGUGGCUUUACAUCUUUGCAAUACUUUUUUGUUUUAUUGUGGACCUAAUAGGAUUAUGGAUAUUUUGAGUCAAAUUCUACCGACUGCGUAUUACACGAAUGUUGGUUAUUGGCCGUUUUACGAAACGGAAAAUGGUCAUAGUCUUUGCGUUUGCGGUAUUUUUGAAAUACCGUGUCUUCAUGAUUUUACCUCAAAAACACAGAUUAAUCUAAGAGAUAUAUCAGAACCGUAUUAUUUCAAAGCUCAACACGUUAAAAUUACAUUUACAGAUUUGGAAAUCGAUAUACAUUAUCCCAAGGAGAAUAAUGUAAUAUUAAAUGAUUUCGAAAUUGUUAUUAAAUAUAAAUUGAAACAAUUUUGGACUAACGAACAAUUUACCGAUAGCAGAUAUGUAGAUACAACUUUUGUGAAUGUAUUAAGUUGUGCUUUUGUCGAAAUGAAACAAACGUUCAAAGAUUUUUGUAUAUUCAUCAAACCUCAUCCGCUGUCACUUCCUGUCUACGGUUACUAUUUUCCAACGUUAACAACUAUUUCCGAUAGUGGAAAGAAUUAUCCAAAAUACUAUAUCGUUAAUAGGGAAAGGUGUCCAAAUUAUACAGUGAAAAUAAUUGAUUAUACAACUUAUAACAGCGACAGCUAUUCUAACUGUAAUAGAGAAGAAGAAAGUAAUGAUAUUAUAAUAAUUGACGAUGAUGAUUAGGAAAAUGGAGAAUAGAUAGAAAUCGUUUUUUUAAAUAUUAUUCUUUUUAGGUUUUAUAUUGUUAAUCUUUUUGUUUAAUACAAAACAUCGAAAUUAAA